AUGGCGAUGAGAGCAGGCAAGGAGAAGCUCGAACCUAGAAUCAAAGGGAUUGUGAUUGUGCAUCCAGCUUUCUGGGGAAGAGAUCCGGUCGACGAGCACGAUCUGCAAGACAGGGAGACGAGAAACGGAAUCGCAGAAGUCUGGGAGAAACUCGCGAGCCCGAAUAGCGUCGAUGGCACGGACGAUCCGUUGUUUAACGUGGUUGGAUCCGGGUCGGAUCUAUCCGAUUUGGGAUGCGAUAAGGUUUUGGUUGCCGUUGCCGGGAAAGAUGUGUUCGUGCGGCAAGGAUUGGGUUACGCGGCGAAGCUGAAGAAGAGUGGGUGGAAAGGAGAUGUGGAGGUGGUUGAGGAAGAAGAAGAAGGACAUGUCUUCCAUCUCGAAAAACCUAAUUCUGAGAAGGCUUCCAAGUUCUUGAAGAAAUUUGUGGUGUUCAUAAGUGAAUAA